AAACAAAACAACACAAGCAAACCCAACAAACAAACAAAACAACUUCAUUCGGAGCUGAAAGUGACAGGAAAGUGCCCGGCAAGUUGCGGGGAUGGAGCUGCACAGCUUGCAAGAGGCGUUAAAAGUGGAAAUCCAAUGUCAUCAGAACGGGGAUCUUAAGAAACAAAUCCAUGAAAGGCAAUCAAGGAUAGCAGCUCUUAAUGAGAAACAAAAGCUGGCGGUGCGGAGCUGCCCCGCCGCCGUGCUGGUGGGCGGCGGCUCCGGCGGCAGCGCCAAGCCCGGCGGCGUCCCGGCGCUCCUCAAGGCACCCGGCGGCGGCGGCGGCGGCGGCGGCGGGAGCCCCGGCGGCGGCCCCGCGCAGAGCCUGGCCAUCUCCGUCGUGCCGGCCAAGGCGCCCAUCGCGAUGGUGACGGCGCAUCUGAACGGCGGGCUGGGCGGCGGUGGCGGCGGCGAGCCCCCGCAGAGCGCGCCCAUCAACCUGCAGACCACGGGCGCACGCCGCCCGCCCGAACUCGGCGCCCGCGCCCAGACUUUGGGAACUAUCACUGCAGUGCCCAUUAAGGUUCCUCAGGUCAGCUCCUUGCAGAGGUUGGCAGGACAAGGACCAGCAGUGCUACCUCAGGUUAGGCCAAAGACCCUGAUUCCAGACAGCCUCCCUAUUUCCCCAUGCAGAGACCAACCAUCCAAGCAGCCUCCAACCUUCCAAAAGGCGACCGUCGUCAGCAUCAAAAACCCCAGCCCUGCCCUCCCCACAGCCAACAACACCGUCAGCCAUGUAGAGACGCCUAACAGCCAGGCACAGAGCGUCACCGAUCCUACCCCUCUCUCAUCACCUCUGAGCAGUGCCGGUGUGGCCUACGCCAUCAUCUCCACCUCCCCCAGCAAUGCAGCCCCUAUCAGCACCAGCGCUACUGUCUCUGUGGUCAAUGACAGCAUCAAAGUGCAGCCACUCCUCAUCAGCGCCGAUAGCAAGGUUAUCAUUAUUCAGCCUCAAGUCCAAACCCAGACAGAAAGUAAAGUGGAGACAAAGAAACCUCCUGAAGAGUCAGCUCAGGGACCCCCUGCUACCAAAAAGAAAAAGGAGGAAAAUCCAGAGAAAAUUGCCUUCAUGGUAGCAUUAGGACUGGUUACCACAGAACAUUUGGAAGAAAUUCAGAGCAAACGUCAGGAAAGGAAGAGAAGAAGCACAGCAAAUCCAGCCUACAGUGGACUCUUGGAAACAGAGCGGAAACGUCUUGCAUCAAAUUUUUUGAAUAACCCCUUGUUCCUUUCAACAAGAGCAAAUGAGGAUCCAUUCUGGAAGAAUGAGAUCCACCAUGAUGAAUACUGCACUGCUUGCAAGCGUGGCGUUAACUUGCAACCCUGUGGCACAUGUCCCAGGGCAUAUCACCUCAACUGCUUGGAUCCACCCCUCAAAACUGCCCCCAAGGGGGUCUGGGUCUGUCCAAAGUGCCAACAAAAGGUGUUAAAGAAGGAUGACAAUGUGCCAUGGACUGGAACUCUAGCUAUUGUUCACUCCUAUGUCACUCACAAAACAGUCAAAGAAGAAGAGAAACGAAAGUUAUUAAAGAGAAGCAGCGAGCUGAAGAGUGAGCACAGACAGUUAGAAGAAAAAGAUCGACUUCUCAACAAUGCAGUGAAGAAAUGCUUAGAGCUAAAAAGCAGCCUGUUAGCCCAGCAGAAGGGGACUCAGUCAUCGCUGGAACGUCUCCGAACCCUCAUUAGACUGAUACAAAACGAGCAGAUGAUUCAGGUUACCAUGACGACCACCACCACCUCGUCCCUGCUCACCAUGCCCUGGAUCAAGCCCUCCUCGGCCUCCACCGCCAUGCACCAGGCCUUGCAACACUCGCAGGGCCACAACUGACCGGGCCGCCACAGGACAGCCAUGGAAGGGGGACAGACUUUGCACCCGGGCACGAGGAGAAAGGGGACAGACACAGAAGGAAAGAGCGGUCUCGGGGUUUAUACGCAUUGGAACUUGCAGGCCCAUCGGUCCCACUUGUAGUCCCUGUGGCGGCAGCUUCCCAGGGAGCGCAGCGCACUGCAGCGUUGUUUGCCGAGACCUUCAGUGCUUAUGAGAUUUUUUUUGUUAUGUUGGCCUUAAUGUACUUAUGGCAGGAUGAGCAGGAAGAGCAUGGCCGAUAGACAGGAAGUGGAAAUAUCCUUUUAGUGGGGAGCAGGCGGUUUUGCAGUUCUGCUUUAAGGGGGGAAAUUAAAAUGCAAAGAGUUAGUGAGCUAGUGGGUAUGUAGUUGGGCUGAGAGCUGUUUGUGGGAGGGGAAACGGUGACGUCAAAGGAAACUGAGCUACUUAGGACCUGACAUGGAUUCUUUAUCAGAGGAACAAGGUCGGCCCUGUUGACUCGGGUGAGCUGAAGCUGGGGCCACUUUGACCAGAACGGACACUCACAGAGCCUUCGAAACAAAAGAUCCUUUUUUUCAGUAUUAUUAAAGUUGAGAAUUGCAGAUAUUUAAAUAAAGAAACUGUAUGAAGUUAGCAUUUCUAGUAAAAUAUUGAAGUAUUUUCAUGCUGAUGCUUCUGUAUAUGCGUUCCGAAGUAUUUAAAGAAGUAUGACUGUAAAACUCCUUACUUUUUUGCAGGUCCUUUUUACUUAUUUUGCUAUUGGUGUAUUUUUCUCAUGGAGUUUUUGUGCAAGAUUUAGCAUAAACCAUAAUAGUGGAUAUCUUUGGCAGAUUGGGUUUCGUUUUUUAAACAG